ACAUCAUGGCGGCCAGUGGAGUAAACAUGUUUAAACUAGGAAUAUUAUUGUAUGUUGUGAGUUAUUUAAUUGCAAUUAGUGUUAGCCAAACCACAACCCAAAAUACUACAGAUGCCGAGAAUACAACUACAGCUCAAACCACAGUAAGAACCUCUACUAUAACAACUACAAGAGCGACCACCACCACAACAACGGUAGCACCAACUCUUCCUGGCACCACAAUUCCAGCCAACACAGAUAUAAGCAAAUGCCCUUGUGAUAUGACUGGAAAUGCUUGUGAUGUAAAUUGUUGCUGUGAUCCUGAAUGCUCUGCAGCUGAUAAACUGGUAUUUUCUGAAUGUCUUCCUAACUCUUAUGUACUGGAUGACAAGCUGUGCUUCAACAAAAAUGUUUUCUUGUUUGAAAAUGGACCUGCUGCCUCUGGAGAUUCCGGAGGGCUUUUCUGCAUUUAUUUUGAUAAUGAUGCAGAGCGCAAUUAUUAUAGCAACCCAUCCUUGGUUAAAACAGAAGCAGAGUUCCAGAAAUACGCAGCUCAGUAUGGAAAGUUUUCAUUCCAGACCCCUGCAGUACCCACCCUGACUUCUCAGAUCAAAACUCAAUAUAAGAGUGGUGACCCAAUUUAUGUUGUGUUUGAAAAUGCAUUCAGUUACUUAGGACUUCCAACAGGCCUUUCAGCAUCAACACUUUGCACCGAUAGCAAUCCAGCUGCCUAUUUAAUUGACCAAUCAAAUCAGUGUAGUAGACUUUUGACUCAGUGCUCUAAUAAUUCAGUGUUUCAAGCAGCGACCUUCUACACAGGAUUAAAAAUUUUGAAGGAUCCAACAGUGCUUAUUUCCCAGAAUUCAACAACAGGUCCAAGUAUUUCUAAUGUGACUAGCCUCUACAACAGCACCUAUACGGCUAGCAUUGAGUUAGAUGUCAUAGAUCCUAUCCUGUGCAUACAAAAUGGAAUUCUGGGUAAAUGUGCUUUCAGUGUACCACCAUCAGCACCCACUGCAUCAUCUAGCAACAGCUGUCUAAACACAGUAGUGCAGGUGAAGUACAGAUUUGUAACAAAUGCCAAAUUUGACCUGGAUAAAAUCUAUGUUAGUUUUGUUUUUGCUGAUGUUCCCAUCUCUAGCUAUGUUCAACAGACUUUUUCAACAACUUUUACCAAAGUUUCUGCUAAUGGCACCACACCUAUAGCUCGUAGUGGUAACCCUGGUUACAAGGUUGGUCUGCCUAUCACUGCUGGCAUUUUAAACAGAACAGUAGAAGGAACCCUAAUUGAUGACAGGAUAUUGGUGAAUUCCGAGAACCAGCACCUUGCUCUUGUCAGACCAUCUGUCAGUGGUGACUGCCUGACAGAUUCUGCCAAUCAGAGAGAGCCUAUUCUGUUUGGUCAGGACAUGCGCACUGGAUGUUUCAUACAAGUUAAUGUCAGCAGUGACCUGGCCAAAUGUCAGUCUCUCCAAGAGGCCAUCAUUCAAGCCAUAGAGGGCAGCACAGCCCCAAAGCUUGAUGACACAACCAAAGAGUAUCCCAAAACCAAUCUACACGUUGCAAUGUUUGGUAACUCAGAAAUCAGUAUGACAGGGGAUUGGGUGGAGGUUUUGUAUAACAACAGGCCUGUGCCGACAACUCAAGCAUCAACAAGUUGUUCACUCUCUUUGGGUGCCAACCUACAGAUUCUCUAUGCCAAAAUUGGCUCCCUUCCAAACCCACAACCAAAAAUUAUUGGAGUUACGCUUGUUUAUGACACCAAACAGGUGGUUGCUUAUAAAUGUUCUGGCCCAUACUGCCAACAAGGUUCAUCUUCACUCUCUCAGAAAGUAGAGAUCAGCAGCUCUGUGACCUUCAUUGAUGUAUCUCUGCAGCCCACAGCAGUGGAGGGGAAGUACCCAACCUUUGCCGUCCGGCUGCCGUACGACUUCUUCUACCCUUUCCUGAACUCUGCUACAAAUGUUGUACCUUCCGCUUUAUUCAAGUGGAUGUUGUGUUUACUCAGUGUAAUUAUUCUUGUUUUGUAGGGUAAAAAAUAUUUUGUAUACAAACUAGGUAAAAUUGUCAAUUUAAAAUUACUUAAACAUUUGAUACAGUCUUCCUAUUAUAUUAUUAGCAGAUAUUUUGUAGAUAUUUUUUUCCCCGUAACUCUCAUAAUAUGAAUCAAAAGCUACAUUAACCAAGGCUGUAUUAAAGAAAAUUA